ACAUUUGCACAGGUCUCCAGUUUAUUAAAUUCUACCACUCGCUGUCUGCAGGCCGCAAGUUGGUUAUACAGUAGAGAGGUGAAAUAAACUAUAAAGAGAACCUAGUCUGCUUUUAUUUAUUUCUUUAUAGAGCUACAGGAGGCACCAGAUCCCAUGGAGCAGCGGAUCGUCCUCUUGUGUCUGGCUCUGGCUGGGGCUGGACCAUGCCUGGGCAGCUUCAACGGCUAUGAUUAUGGGGGGAUGCCGGUCAUGAUUAACCGACUGAUGGGAGAGCCCAGCGUGUUGAGUCUACGAGGACGCGUGGAUGCCAGCUGGUACCGUGUCAUGAAUAGCGAGAGCUGCCCGCCGGAGUGCAACUGCCCGAUACAGUGGCCCUCUGCAAUGUACUGCGACAACAGGGGCCUUACGUACUCACCCACCUCCCUGCCCCCGAGGACGCAGUACCUGUUCCUACAGGGCAACCGCAUCUCCAGCCUCCCCCAAGAGGGGUUUAAGAACUCCACUCUCAUACGCUGGCUCAUUUUGGACCACAAUGAGAUGGUGAGCAGUCAGAUCUCUGUGGCAGUGCUGAAGGGGCUACCCCAUCUGCAGAACCUUUUCAUCAACUACAACAACCUGACUGAUAUCCCCGGGCCCCUGCCCGACGGCCUGAAGCAGCUCCGACUGGCGCACAACAAGAUCGGCAAAAUCUCCCCCAGCGCUUUCGAAAACCUCAAGAACCUAACUCUACUGCUGCUGCAAGGAAACCAGCUGAAAACCAUCGGAGAGGCUGAUUUCAAAGGUCUGCAGUCCAUCAUUCUCCUGGAUCUCAGUCACAACAAGCUGGUCGAAUUCCCUAAGAAUCUGCCCCCUUCCAUCCAGCAGCUCUAUGUCUCUAACAACUCCCUGGCCUCCCUCCCCCAGGACUGCCUGAUGGACUUCGACAGGCUGCAGUAUCUACGGAUCAGCCACAACAAGCUGGUCAACCAGGGGCUCCCUGCUGACGUCUUCAACGUGUCCUCCAUUGUCGAGCUUGACCUGUCCUACAACCAGCUCUCUUCCAUCCCUCCCGUGCACCAGGCUCUGCAGUACCUCUACCUGGAAGCCAAUGACAUCCAGGAGUUCAACGUCACCAGCUUCUGCCGAAAGGUCAGCCCUGUUGACUUCUCCCGCAUGAGGAUCCUUCGUCUGGAUGGGAAUCAGCUCUCCUACGACCAGCUGCCCUUGGAGUGGGGUCUGUGUCUCAGAGUGCUGAAGGACAUCUACAUCUAGCGCAGAAAACCAACUGAACAAGCCUGAGGCACGGGGACAAGUUUACUAAAAUCAGAUCUAGAAUGUGGUAGCUCUCCAAGCCCAUUCUAAUCCGGGACAUUGAGUUCCAGUUAAAAAAUGAACAUCCUGGUUGGAGCAACAAGUCCCGCUGCUCUAGUUCAAAUUCAGCAGAAGUAAAUCUUAGUAAACGUGUCCCUUACACAUUCAGCCUCUAGCAAUUUCAUCACAUUUCUAGAUUCUAGCUUCACGGACAAAAUGCCAAGGAUGCUGCCUUAAUAUUCAUAUAUUCAGAUAAACAAAUUUAUCAAUAAAACAAAUAAAUACAUAAUAUUAAUAAAAAAUAAUCUCAGUCUGGCUCAAAAGAUUAAAAAAACGUGAUUCAAUGUGAUUGAACAUUAGCCAGGGCAGCUUAGAAACUAUUUGUGCAAAGCGCUUUUCUGGUUUUUUCCAUUUUUUGAGCAAAGGAAGGAAGACUGACCUCACUUUUAAGAUUACAUGAUAGCAUUCUCCAAAUUAUUUCCAGAUACUGAAAAUCUCUUCCCCGAGCAGUCUGUCUGAACUGCUGUUACAGUGAACCUAGCAGCAGACACAUACAGUAGUAUAUUAAUACCAAGCUCUGAUGUUGGUACUUUCCAUCGUGCCUCUACAGUAAAUUGUUCCCUGUAAAGGUUUCUGUUGAUGAAUGGUCUGGUCUCUUUCAAAACUGAAAAUAGACUCAGCAGGUGGAGUGUUAACUAAUGUUAAAGAGCGGUGGUGUUCAAAUCUUUCUCUAUUCAACAAAAUCAUUCACAUUUACUGUAUUCAUCUUUACAGUGUAUAUCUCCGAGAUAAAAACACAAAGAUAUUGUCCUUACCUGCCUCUCCACAGGUUUGAGAAUAGAUAUUGAGGUCCUCUUAAUUGUGGGAGUGGAAUAUUCUCCAGCCCUUGCAGGAUGUUAUCACGGUGCAUUUCAGCGUUGAGGUUUAUCUUGACCAGUGGUGUCCAAACCCGACUGGGGCUGCACUCCAGAGUGGAUUUCUCUGAGGCAGCUAAGCACCUAAUUAUAAACCCUGAUAGAGGUUAAAAUGAGAAUUAAGAGAGGCCCACUGUGGAAUGUUUGGACACGUCUGCUCGAGACAUUGCAUGAUCAGCCCCCAUCACUGACUUUUGAAUCUGGUAUCAGGUGAGCCCACUCAUUCAACCCAACACAAUUCACAGUGUAUGCAAUAAAAAAUCCUUGGGAAGCUUAGUUAUCCAAGUUCGAGCCACUUUAGAAACAAGUGUAGCAUCAAAGCAUACUCAAUAAUUAGCAUCAUUUGUCUGUACACUACACAUCUACUUACAAUGCAGUGCCAAAGUCUCAAUUAAAAAAUAUGACCUAAAUGCAAUGUUUUGCAAUAGUUAGUACAGAAGUUAUUGCCACUGUUAGAUGAUUUUUUUAUGCAUUAGUGGAAGUGCCUCUGUAUAUUUAAGACUUGUUUUGCUUGGUUCAUUUAAAAUAAAAAAAUACUGAAGCUUCUCCUUAAA